GCAUAUAAACAAUUCACUUCAUACUUGUAGAUUAUAAAUACCCAAUUAAAUUGAACAGCUGAUUGUAGUAGUAAAAUUAGUGGUUGAUGUAAUAUUAUGUGUGGGUAUUGUAGUUUUUGCACUCUGAACUGGUCGUGCAGAGGAAAAUAGUUUAGUGUAAUCAACAAAUCUGAAAAGUUACUAAUAACUUUAAUAUCUUGCCACCAAUUACUUUUAGUUCAGCAAAAGAUAUGAGUUCUUUCAAGUUAAGUGCUACUCUCAAUGGCCAUGAGCAAGAUGUUAAAAGCUUAGCUGUACCUUCUGACGAUACGAUAAUAUCGGGUCUGAGAGAUGGAACGGUUAGAAUAUGGUCCAGUCAUAACGGCAAAUGGAAUAGUGUAGAAUCAUCAGCUUCAAAUAUAAUAUCAUUCACUUCACCUACAGCAAGCUUCAUUAACUCAAUUGCAUUCAUAGAUUCCAGAACCAAUGAACCUUUAAUAGCUGCAGGUUCUCAAGAUGCUAUGAUUUAUUUAUCUGAAUUGAUUGCUUCAGACAGUAAACCGAAUGAUGAUACUGGUAAAUAUCAAUUGAUAGGACACGAGGGUAAUGUUUGUUCGUUAUCUUAUAAUGAUGGUCAAUUGAUAUCAUCGUCUUGGGACGCAACAGCUAAAGUGUGGGAUCUCAACACAUUUGAAAUCAAGUUCAAUUUAAAGGGUCACGAAUAUUCUGUCUUGGAUGCUAAAAUUAUUGGUGGAACUAAGUUUAUCACCUGUUCUGCUGAUAAAACUAUCAGAAUUUGGGACGGUUCUCAUGAGGUUGCCCGUUUUGACAAUGGUCAUAAAGAUGUGAUUAGAAAGUUACAUGUCUUGAAAGAUAAGAAUCAAUUUGCAUCUACUUCUAAUGAUGGAACCAUUAAGGUUUGGGAUAUAACCAGCGGAAAAGUAUUACAGACUUUAUAUGGACAUGAAUCAUUUGUGUAUGACGUUUCAGAGUUACCCAAUGGAGACUUAGUUUCUGUUGGUGAAGAUAGAACAGUGAGAGUUUGGAAGAAUGGUUCUAUUUCUCAAGUUAUUACAUUGCCAUGUAUCUCUGUUUGGACAAUUGGUGUUUUUCCAAAUGGUGAUUUCGCUGUAGGUGGAUCAGACAAUUUGAUAAGAGUAUUUACUAAAGAUCCUUCUAGAUUUGCUGGUGAAGAUGAGUUGAAACAGUUUAAGGCAGAGCUAGAACAAUCGAGUAUUGCUGAACAAUCGUUAGAUGAAUUAAAGAAGACUGAUAUUCCAGGAUUAGAUGCAUUAACACGUCCUGGAAAGCAUGAAGGUGCCACAUUAAUGGUCAAAAAUGUAGAAGGAGGCAUUGAAGCCCAUCAAUGGUCUGGAGGUGAAUGGCAUAAAAUUGGAGAUGUUGUAGGAUCUUCAAAAUCUGAAUCCAAAAAAGUUCAUAAUGGUCAAGAAUAUGAUUAUGUGUUUGAUGUUGAUAUCGAAGAUGGAGCUCCGCCUUUGAAGUUGCCAUAUAAUAUUAAUGAAAAUCCAUAUGUUGCCGCAGAAAGAUUUUUAGCUGAAAAUGAAUUACCUGCUAGUUAUACUGAAGAAGUGGUACAAUUUAUUAAUACCAAUAGUUCAGGAUUUAACAUCCAAGAACUGUCAGGAAACAUAGAGGUGGAAAAUCCUUACGCUGACAAUUAUAUAAGAUCUCAUCAAAAGCUCAAGGUAAUUCCUGAACAAACAUACAUAUCAUUUGUGGAUUAUAAGCCACCACAAAUACUUAAUGGUAUAAAGAAAUUAAAUGAAGAACAAGUUGAAAAUAAAUUCAGCACUGAAGAUUUAGAUUUGAUAAAGAUUGUCUUAGAAGAUUUGACCUCAGAAGGAGCCAUGGAAUUGUUGUUGAAAUAUAUUCCAAAAAUCACUACUGAAUGGCUUCAAGAGACCAGAUUAAUUGGAUAUGAUUUAUUGAGAUUAGCUAUUCCUAAAAUUUCAUCAGAAGAGUUUUUAAGCAAUACUGAAGCUCAAGAAACUGUAUUACUUAUUCUUAAUGUGGGUAUAGAUCUUGUUGAUGAGAAAUCGGUUCCAUUAUUUAUGAUGAUUUUAAAAGCUUUGAAUAAUUUGAUUGAUACUACUUUGUUCAUACAGUUAUUUGUUGAUCCCGAAGGCAUUGAAAAUGGUCAAGAUAGGAAAUACAAGUUCAAUGACUACUUUAAAGAAUUAUUAAAGUCUAUUAGUUCAAAAGCGGUGUUAUUAUCUAGUUCUGAAGUGGGAAAACAACAUAAACUUUAUAAUGCAUCCAUUACAACGUUGGCUACCUUAAUCUACAAUUUAUCAGCAUAUCAUCUUUAUUUGGAAGGGUUUUCUGAAAAUCCCAAAUCAGCAUUGCCUGUGGUGAAAUUAAGUUUAUUGGUAGGUGAUAUUAUAUCUGCCACAAACAAUGAAGAAGCUGCUUACAGAUUAGUUGUAGGUUAUGGAAAUUACAGAUAUGCUAAAGUAUUUGAUAGUAAACCAAGUUGGUUAAAUAGUAUCAAACAAAAGCAUGCAAAAGAAGCUAGAUUUGCUAAUAUAUUUGAAGAUCUACAAAAUAUUUGAUUCUGUUAUAUAGAUUCUUUAAAUUUCAUCCAUUAACUUAGAAAUAUACACGUAUAGAAUGAUCAAUAACUCUCUCAAUAAUAUAAUUCUGGAACUUUAUGAACAUAAUGCACCAACUUUUGAGCCACAUCUAAAUUGGUAUUAUCUGACAAUUCUACUAUGGAAUAAACAGUUACAUCCAAACUAUUAGAACUCACUUUUCCUAUGAAUUCAUAAAUCUUACCAACACUUGGGUAUUCGUUUGAAUCUUGAAUUUGUAUUCUCACUUCACCAUUACUAUC